AAAUUUAUCCAUGUUUAUAUUUAUAAAAUCUCCAUUAUUUUCGCAAAAAUGAAAUGUUUCACUGAAUGUUUGGUGUGUUAAGAUGAGAAUAUAAGACUUUUCGCCAUUUUUAGUCAUUUUAAUAGUAAAGUGACUCAUAAAAUCGCAUUUUGCUCUUCGAAAUGCAAACGACGCAAUGGAUCACGAGGAAAACAUAACAACAUUAUUGAGUAUGGGCUUCGAAAAUAUUGAUGACAUCAGAAAAGCUCUGCGUCUUAGUAAAAAUGAUAUUAAUGAAGCAGUUUCGAUUCUCACAAAUGAACAUGCAGAAUAUCAUCUGGGUACUGAUGAUAAUAUGAAAGAUUUGUCAACUAGUCAUGUUAGUAAUAUCGCCCCACCACCCUAUGAUUCAUUGUGUGAUCCUCAGGCAACUCAGAAUCUUAACAAAAAUGAAGAAGCAAUGGAGUCAUCUGAGUUUCCCACAACCAAUCUUUAUGAGCUUGAAUCUAGAAUAUUUACUGAUCAUUGGUCAAUACCUUAUAAGAAAGAAGAAUCUUUAGGAAAAUGUUUAAUCAGUGCUACAAAACUUGCGGAAGAAGGAUUAUGUGAAGUACACGAAAGUUGUCGACGAUUUAUAGAACGUUGUUUACCCGAAGCUUUUAAAAAGCUUUUGAUUUCUGCUGCUGUCAGGUCAUGGGGUUUAGAUGUACAGGAAGGUGUUCGCUGUAUGUUACAUUUAUUAGUCGGUUUAGUUACUGCCAGGUUGAAACAUGAUCCAGUUCCAGAAACUUUAUGCCAAGUUUUAGAAAGGGCGUUUGAUCCUGAAUCAGAAUUUCAUGUAAAAAAUAAACACAAACCUUCAUCAUCUGUUCAUUGGCUAGAUGUUUUUGGUCCUGAUCAGGCUUUUGCUGUUAGUCGAAAUAGUAUUGAACCAUAUGGAUGGCUUAUUGAUUUGAUUAACAAGUUUGGUCAACAGGAUGGCUUCCUGGAAAUUCAGAGGCGUUUUGCUAGUGAUGAUAUAACUGGCUUGGGUAUGGCAGCAAUGUUGGCUCCUCUUUCAAAAUGUGCUGAAUUUUUAAACCCGUCUAAAGUUUGCCCGUCCUUGUCAUCAUGCAUGGAUAUUGCUGUACACUAUAUUAAAUCUCUGUCUGAUAGUGAGAUAAAAAGCAAAAAUGUGUGCUCAAUCACUGAUUUGCUUAAAAGUAUGAAGUUACUGUGCCUUCAUUUAUGGCCUCAACAAGUGGCACUAACUAAUUCCUUGUGCCUUGAGGUUAUUCUUCGUAUGUUAAAGUGUCCUCAUUUUAAUGCUCGAAUGAAUGGCUUAAAAGAGGUAAUGAAAUUGAUUGAUGAUAGUUCUAGUAUCAGAUCCUCAAAAAUAGCUAUUGAUUCUGAAAGCCUUUUAAACUGGUUGGCUGAAAAUGAAGUCCUGUCAAUUGCACUCGAUGGAAAUAUUGAUCAAGUUCAGUAUACUGACAAAAUUAAAGGGAUUGUAGAAUUCACUGGUCAUCGACUUUCCCUAGAUGAAUUGUCCAAAAUAUGGUAUAUGCAGGAUGGACAAAAUGCACAGAUAGUUGACAAUAUUCAUUCGAUCAUGACUGCUGCUUCAUCCAAGUUUAGUGCUGAACAAUUUGAUCAUUUGCUUACAUUAGUACAAGAAAGUUGGGCUAAAAGUAAUGACCAAACAAGAAAAAGACUUAUUCUGUUUAUUGGUAGAGUUGGUAAGGAAACGAAUCAAGGAAGAGCUUCCACCAAAAUAGUUGAUCUUUUAUGGGAUCUUGCUCAUUCUGCUUUCUUAUCAAUGAACUUAGUUGAAUUAGCUCUUGAGGAACAUUUUUCAAUUUUACGUGAAGUAUCGCACAAAGAUCAAAUUAAAAAGCAGUAUUGUGUGAAGUGUAUAGAAGAUAUUAAAAAGGGAACUUCAGUACUACCAUCUUUGAGGCUGCUUCACAAUAUCUGUAAAAAUAUUUUAAAGUCUGGUGUGUACAAGCAAGAUCGAGCAAGUUUGCAUGAGCUAAAUAAAACACAUGAUAUUAUUAAGUUGAUGACUGUUAGCCUUGCUAAAAGUCACAAACAAGCUGUUGCUGCUGCAGGAUUGGGCUUGAAACCUCUGACUCUAGUUGAUGGAAGGUAUACUCAUGAAGAAUAUCUUGUUGAACAUUUGAGUUUUCUACAAUUUAUUCUGCAAGAUGGUGCUCAAUACUUACCUUGGAGUAGGGCUAGAGAUAUAUGGGAGACUUUAAUAUCAAAUGUAGAUGCUUGUGAAAAAGACAGAGAAGUUUGUUUUGAAUGGUUUACAAGUUGUCUGCAAGAUCUUGAAUCUGAUACCCAGUCGAUGCUAUUUCAAUACAAAUUAUUGAAACUGGAUCCUUCUCAUUUAACUUAUACAGGAUUUAAAUGUUUCAAAACAUACUUUGAAAAUGUAAAUGCUGCAGAGAACAAAUUAAAAAGAUCUCUUUCAUCAUUGAUUAUAGAAAAGCUUGAAUUAAAUGGAUCUGAUUUUUUAUGGCAAGUUGCUCUUUCUUCAGAUGAAAAUAUUGCAAAUGUGGCUAUUGAAUAUUUGCUAGAAAUAUCAUACCAUGCUUUGUCACCCAGACUUAAAAAGGACGUUUUAUCUCUGCAUAACAGAUUUAUUAAUGAGUGUUAUAAAAAACUGGAGUGUGUCUCUGUGACAUUGGGUGGAACAGUUAUGACAACUGCUGUUUCUAAUGCUACAAAAACUCUCACUGCUGUGUCUGUUUUUGAAGUUGCUUCUUCAACAUCUCCAAAAAAAUCUGCAAGAUUUCAAAACAUUUGUCGUCUGUUGCAAGUUGCAGAAAGUUACAUUUCUUCAAUUGAAGAAAAUCAUUCAUCACCAAGGACAAUACUACCUCAUGUAGCUUCUUUUUUAGGACAUCCAUUAUUGCUUAAAGUUUGUAUAGAAGCAACAAAAGAAGAGCAUCUCAUUGUGACACAUAGCAAUGAAACACUUGGCUCAGUAAAACAGAGGAUUGCACAGUAUUCUCAUAAGAAUGUAACACAGAUUCAACUUUUACAAGAUGAUAAUUCUUUUCCACGAAACAAAGAGCAGAGAUUAAUGAGCCAGCUUAAUUUCCAUGAUGGUCAAUCAAUAGGGGUAAAAUGCGAUUCAAGAAAUUCUGAAUAUGGAUCAGUUUCAUUAAUUUCUGAUGCUGCCUAUGAAAAUGCUCAAUCUUACUUAUUGGAACAGGAAAAGGUAUUACCUGGUGUCGUAAUGGCUGCAGGAGGGCAAGUGUUUGAAAAGUUAUAUCAACUCUCAACUUUAGAUGACUCAAACAUAACAUCUCAAGUUCGUAAUUUAUUGCACCUCAUACCUACUGACCCUGCAAUUUUGGAUGCACUAGACUCGAUCAGUGCAAAAAAAAUUGUAGAAAUUCCUUCCCCUGAAACGCCAAGAGAGAGCCCUCGAUCAAGUCCCAAAAAAUUUACAGUUACUUCUCCAACUAAAGAACGUUGUGAAUCUCCUAAAGAAGUUCUUAAAAACUUAUUUGAUGUCUCAUAUCCAAUCUCACCUUUUAAACUGUUAUAUAAUUUGGAGGCGCUGAGUGGAAAACUGAUGCCUGUCGUGCAGGAUGCAAACACAAUACAAAGUGCUCAAAUGUUUAGCAAAGACUUUCUUUCUGCUGGUGGUUUGCAGCUAAUUUUAAAUAUAUUUCAGAAAGACAGCAUACCUAAUGAUGUGGAUUAUGAUAUUAGGCAAGGUUGCUAUUUGACAGCAUUAGCUAUUGCUAGGUAUUUACUUUGUGCUGAAACUGGACUUGAAUUGACGACAUUAUUUGCUCACUGUUCUGGAAUACCAAAUGCUGCUUCUAGAUUAUCUGUUAUUGAGUUCUGUACUAACACAGCUCUUAGUGAUGAUUAUUCAAGUGCUGUCAAAAGGCUGAACUGUGUAAAAGCUAUUGAAACAAUAAAAGCCACAGAACUAUUAAGCACAUUAUCUAGUCUACUUCGACUUUCAUGGGCAGCAGCAGCUGGGAAUUUGCAUCUAGUGAACUGUUCGCUUCCAACAAAAGAGGGAACACAUUCCUGCAUGGGCAGAAGAAGCAGACAGAGCAGUACUGGUAGUAAUACAAGUAGUGGCAGUGAAAGUGGGGAUGGUGCUUUACAAGGUGGUGUGUGUGCUCAACAGCAUUUUGUGAAGGAAAAAGAUGUGCUACUUGCCUUGAAAGCCCUUGAAUUUCUUGUAACUUGCCUUCACUUAAGGACAGAUAUAUUCAGUAAAUUCACUUCCCUUCCGUAUAUAAGUGACUUCGUUAUUGAUGUUUUGCUGUGCUCGCCUAGUCAAGCUGUUCGUCAGUGUGCCCUCGAGCAGUUCACUAAACUGAGUAAUAUAUCAGUGAGUUCUGUUACUAAAGCAAGAGAUUUCUUGAUUGAAAUCUUGUUAAAAGCUCGCCUACCUUUGUGGGUGCCUUCAAGUUGUACUAGAGGUGAUAGCCAAAGGCUUCUUAGUCAGUGCACAGAAUAUUUUGAACUGGGCUGCAGGCUUUUAAGUGGUUUGACUGAUUUGGAUCAAAAAAAUCUUCAUAUUGAUCCAAAGCAGAUGGUUGAGGAUGAAGUAUCAUGGCUUCAAGGGUUUUCUACUUCAUCUGAUAUAUCUUUGCAAGCAGCUGACAGUGCAUUGCUUUCUGGGCAUUUUCGGCUCAUCAAGACACUCUUGACAUGUGAUGGAGUGCAAAAAGAAUAUGCUGGUAGAGUUUUGAUUCCAGAUUUGCUUCCUAAAUUUUUAUUUCCUGCAUCACUGAUGAUUUCUGGUGGAACGAACUGUAUUAACAGUAACACAUCAAGCGACUUCUCUCCAAAGUGCAAUAGCAUAGAAUCUCGAAUAGCAGCCUAUGAAGUUUUAGUUGAACUUGCUACUGGUUCUUCUGAGAAUUUGGAAAAAAUUUCCCAACAGUUGCUAUCCAUGCAUCAUAAUUUAAAACCUGAGCUUGCGAAAGAGUAUGAGUAUGAGCCUCUUGUUGCUGCAAGGGCUCCAUGUGAAUAUGUUGGAAUUAAAAAUGCUGGUGCAACAUGUUAUAUGAAUUCAGUCAUUCAACAGUUGUACAUGCAGCCUGGUACAAGGGAAGCUAUUUUGUCUGUUGAUGAAAACGAACCAGAUGAAGAUGGAUUAUUUUAUCAAUUUCAAAUGGUAUUUGGUCAUUUGCUGGAAUCUCGUCUUCAGUAUCAUACCCCGGAAAAUUUCUGGAAAUGUUUUCGUCUGUGGGGAGAGCCCAUUAAUGUCCGUGAGCAACAAGAUGCUUUUGAGUUUUUUACCCAUUUGAUUGAUCAAAUUGAUGAAUACCUCAUCAAAAAUGGCUGGGAUCCUGUAUUCAAGCCAAAAUAUGAAGGGAUGUUUUCAGAUCAAAAAAUCUGUCAAGGUUGUCCACAUCGAUAUGAGAGGGAAGAAACAUUUAUGGCUUUGAACUUACCAGUAAAAAGUCAAAACCUAAUAGAUUCAUUGGAGCAGUUUGUGAAAGGAGAACUUCUUGAGGGUCAUAAUGCUUACUUGUGUGAAAAAUGUCAUGAGAAGCGAAAUACCAUGAAGAGAACUUGUAUCAAAAGCUUGCCUCCUGUUUUGGUAAUACAACUGAAACGCUUUGAUUAUGACUGGGAAGCAAAUAGAUCUCUCAAAUUUGAUGAUUACUUCAAGUUUCCUUGGAAGUUAGACAUGCAGCCGUAUACAGCAGAAGGUAUCCAAGAACGAGAAACUAUGCAUAGUGAAAGUGAUUCUGAUGAUCAUGUAGUGCCAGCCAUUCCUAGUGUACAGAAAAUAGGAAGCAUUAUGUAUGAAUUAGUUGGAAUUGUGGUUCACAGUGGACAGGCUAAUGCUGGACAUUAUUACAGUUAUGUCAAAGAGAGAAGAUUGGAUAGUGGGGAAAGACUUGGAAAGUGGUUUAAGUUCAAUGACAUUACUGUAGAAGAAUUUGACAUGAAUGAUACUUCUUUGGAAGCUGAAUGCUUUGGUGGGACUUACAAAGCUAAAGUCAGAGAUUCAAGUAACUCUUAUCCAGAAAUACGUCAGCGAUAUUGGAAUGCUUAUAUGCUUUUCUAUGAGAAAAUGGAGGAAGUAAUGAGAACACCUAGAACUCCCAGAAAAACUCCUAAUAAGUUUUCAUUCAGGAAGUCUGAUCGAGACAUACCGAUUUUAAAUAGAACGCCCAGCAAACAUUCACCUUCAAGACUAAGUAAUACACAUAAACAAAAAGACAGUUUAAGCCAGUUAACACAACUUGUUGAUAGAGGUGAAAGGCAUGGUCUGUUUCUUGAUAAAAUUCCUGGGAGAAUACAACAAGUAGUUCAAGAUGAAAAUUUACGCUUCAUGCAUAAUAGAGAUAUAUAUAAUGAUUCUUAUUUCCAUUUUAUUCGCCAACUCUUAUUUGCAAACAUGCAACUAUUGGAGGAGCCAGAUUUUGCUAAUUAUGCUGUAAAUAGUCUUCUUCCUCUAAGUUUGAAUUUCCUUCUAAAUACAUAUUUUCGCUACAAAAAGAGGAACAGUGAUACCAUGAAUGAAUUGGGUGACAUCAUUGAAAAAAUUGUAUAUAAUUGUCAAGAAGCUUCCAUUUGGUUCAUUGAUUUUUUUAGCACUGAUGUCGGCCUUAGUUACUUAAAACCAUUUUUGUUGGACUGCCCAUGUCGAGAUUUGCGACAAGUUUUUGCAAGAAUGUUAGAAAGAGGAAUUAAUGGUUUCUUUCUAAAUGGUGGUGAUGUUAGUUCACCUAAUUUGCACAGUAUAAUUGUACAUUUGCUGGAAAUGUUGAAUCAUGAUGUGCCUGACAAUUGUAAAAGUUGCAGCCAAUAUUUUUGGCUCCUAAGUGCCUAUGCACAAAUGGGUCAUACGACGUGUAAUCAUCUGAUUCAAAACAAUGCAUUUCAAAAGCUUCUUGUUUUCUUGCUUGGGCCUGCUUCUGCUAAUAUGCAAAGUAUGGAUACAUUUCCUAGGAGAUGGACUCCAAUGCAAACUCAGGAAUUUGGUGCUCUUCACAUAACAAUGGCUUCUUUAAUUUUGAGUUGUGAUCUGACUUCCCUUCGGACUUGUGAAUUAGAUUAUUUUGCUGAUCGAACUUCUGUUUGGUCUGCAAGUGGAACAUUUCUUCCAUUGCCAAAUGAGAUUUCUGAUGUACUUACUGGCCCUGGAGCUCCCAGAUAUUUACAAGAGGUUGUAAGUGCAUGUCGAGAAGUUUCUGGGUCAAUAUCCGUGUUUUCUGAUAUGCUCGUCCAGUGUUGCUUUUGUAAUGAAAUUUUCUCAGUGUCUGCUAUUCAUCAGAUUAUGCUUCAGUAUUCAACCGUGCCUUCUAAUGAGCUGAAAAAUCUUUCUUAUUUGCUACUAGAAAUUUUAGCAUUGGAGGAUCCUUUGCAAUUCAAACGAGUUCAACUAGUUAUAGAUGGUGCUACUAAUGAGACACAUUCAUCCUUCGAUGGCAUGCUAGCUAUAAUUCGAGCUAAUGUCACAAAUGAUAGUCGGCGCUCUUAUCAAGGUGUGAAAUUUUUGGUUAGCAUUUCUGUGAAAUGCUGUUUAGUGAAAGAAUAUUUGUUGCAAACACCAAAUAAAUGGCAAUGGGCUGUAAAUUGGUUAAGGAAAAUGAUGUCAGAACACAGCUAUUGGACUCCAUCAAAUAUUUCAGUGUCAAAUGAAGACUCAAAUACUAAAACUUUUCAGAGAACAGUUAGUGCACAGGACACUUUAGCUGAAGCAACAGCUUUAUUGGAUGGGUUAGAAUCACAAGAUGUGCAAGAUGAUUCAAUGGACAUCGAUGAAGAUGACUCAAGCAAAAUGGUAACUAACAAAGACGAUGCCAAUUUAAUUGAAAAAAACUUAUUGAGGUUAAUGAAACGAACUCAAAAAAUGGAUGAUUUGGAUUCUAUUGACACUUGAAGCAUAUUCCCUCCAUUAAGUGAGGUAGUGUAUGUGCCUUUCUC